AUGAAAUGCCCUAACAAGAAAUGCACUUUACGCUAUGAUCGUGGCAUGUGCCGUGAUCCAUCCGAAUACUAUCAGUGGUUUUGGGAGUAUCGAGCCAAAUACCAUAAGAGGGGCCGCAGAGCGGGUUAUGAAGCCACACCUGAUGUUUUGGAGCCAAUGAAGCUUAUCAGGAAAGAGUUUGCUGAGGCGAGUUUUGUUCGAUGA